AUGCUUACCUGUAAGAACUGUAAGAGUACGGAUUUCGUCAAAGAUGUGACUAAUGCCAAUAACGAUCUAGUGUGUCAGAGUUGUGGUACUGUCGCUGAAGAUAAUCCAAUCGUUUCCGAAGUCACAUUUGGUGAAAAUAGUAGCGGUGCUGCUGUCGUUCAAGGUUCGUACAUUGGUAAGGGCCAAAGUGGUGCCUCCAUGAGUGCCCAUGGGGGUUCAAGUGCCCUAGAGUCGCGACAAGUUACUUUGAACAAUGCCUAUAGGAAACUGCGUGCAGUCUCCUUCGCUUUAAAUAUUCCAGAAUAUAUUACCGAUGCCGCACAUCAGUGGUACAAAUUAGCUCUACACUACAAUUUUGUUCAAGGUAGGAGGUCUCAGAACGUUAUUGCAGCCUGCCUCUACAUUGCAUGUCGUAAGGAAAGAACGCACCAUAUGUUAAUCGAUUUCUCCUCUCGAUUACAGGUAAGUGUCUAUUCCAUUGGUGCUACCUUCCUUAGAAUGGUCAAACGUCUAAAUAUUACUAAAUUGCCCCUAGCCGAUCCAUCAUUAUUCAUUCAGCAUUUUGCAGAAAAGCUGGAUUUAGGCGAUAAGAAGAUUAAAGUUGCCAAAGAUGCUGUUAAGCUGGCACAGAGGAUGUCCAGGGACUGGAUGUACGAAGGACGUCGUCCCGCUGGUAUCGCAGGUGCAUGUGUACUACUCGCGUGCCGGAUGAAUAACUUGCGUAGAACGCAUUCUGAAAUAGUCGCAGUGUCUCAUGUUGCUGAGGAGACUAUUCAACAGCGGUUGAACGAAUUCAAGAACACAAAGACGGGAAAAUUGUCGAUUAACGAAUUCAGGAGUGACGAUACACCCGAACCUGGCGCACAACCACCUUCAUUUACCAGAAAUAGACUUAACGAAAGAAAACUUCGGGAAAAUUUGGACAAGGAUGAAACUAGUGAAGAGGCACUCAACCGUAAUCCAAUCUUGACCCAGGUAUUGGGUGAACAGGAGUUAUCAUCUCGAGAAAUUCUAUUCUAUUUGAAGCAAUUUACACAAAAGAGGGAACAGGUAGUGAAUACAUUGAAAUCAACGCAUGGUAUUGACGAUUCAGAUGUUUUAAAGAAGAAAAGGAAACGUUCAAGAAACGAUGCUGAAGGAGAAGACGAUGUUGAAGAAGAAGAGGAGGAGGAAGAAGAAAAUGGCGCCGAUGAUAAUGAAACCUUUGAAGAGCAAGGUGCCGAGUGGUUACGAAAACACAGUGGGCAAGGACGUCACUUUCAAGACGCCAUUGAUGGCUAUUCCUUGGAAAAGGAUCCUUACAGACCCACAAACUUACACCUUUUACCCAAUUCUCAAUCCUUCUUAUCAAAAGUAUCUGAUGAUGCUGAAAAUUUAGACGAUGUCGAUGAUGAUGAAUUAGAAUCGCAACUGUUAGACGAAGAAGCAUCCAAAUUGAAGGAACGCAUAUGGAUUGGUAUCAAUGGUGAAUAUUUGCUCGAACAAGAGAGUAAAAGGUUGAAACUGGAAGCAGAUAUAGCGGCAGGUAACACUUCAAGCAAACGUAAGCGCGGGAAUAGGCGCAGAAAGAGAAAGACCGAAAUGGAUGUUGACCAAGCUAUAAGUACAAUGUCUUCCAUUGAUGAUCCAACGAGUCUUCAUUCUGCAUUACAAGCUGCUGAACAAAAAGGUGACUUUUCAACUGCUGAUAGUGUUAAAAAUAUGCUACAAAAGGCCAGUUUUUCCAAGAAAAUUAAUUAUGAUGCAAUUGAUGGGUUGUUUGGAUGA